GUGGUUAACGCCACUAGGUGGCCAAGAACACGACGCGCUUACCGCGCAGCAUGACGAUCUUUGGGCGGGUUGAGCAGGAGCACCUGGGUGGUGCCGGGCAAUAACGUGAAGGUACCUACCGUACCGUACUGUCUGGAGGGCAGCAGUCACAUGCUGGUUCCAGGUUCCGCACCAUCGAACACAGCUCUGCAGCAGUUCAAUAAAAUGAGUCGCUGGGGUUACUGUAAGUCUCUGCCAAUUUGGUCAUCUACGAUUGCGCGGCUGUACACUGAUGUCUUUACGGGUCUUUUCGAGGGCAACAACGACCUUGAUCGCGCAUACCAACUGGCUAAGGAGAUCGCUGGUACCCAAAAGGGACCCGAGUACGAGGUAGUCUGCCAAGAUGGCAUUGAAGUUGAGGGAGCCAGCGCAGCUUUGUCACGCCUCCGUGAGAAGCUCGACGCUGGUCUCUGCGAUGAGCUCCUAAAGAAGUAUCGCAAUUUAGCGACUACCUCCAAGAGUGACUGGGACGAGUACCAACUGAUAAUCCUGGCUGCACUCAUCAUGACAACUGGUGCGAAGAUCAAAGACGAUGACAUGCAACAUCUUCGUCAGCUGGCUUCGGUGGCCAACUCUAACGAGGGCUUCACCAUGCCACUAUUCGACUCCGCCUUUCGUGGUCCAGGACAGCGACAGUUUCUCGCCGCGCUUAACAACUACAAACCAGGAACGCCAUGGGAUUUCGGGCUCCCCAGUUGCCAUGCCUGCGAAAGACUAAGCAAGACAGGAACAAACCACCCGUGAAGUGCAGCGGAUGCGAGACAGCUUGGUUCUGUGACAAGGAUUGCUAAAGGAGCCUCUGGAACGUUCACAAGCACAACUGCGGUGAUAAGACGGGUGGGGCUGGCUUCCAUGGGCUUAAUGUUUAGCAAUGCGGACACAGCCG